GUUAUACAUCGACAAGUGUUCCUUAUGCAGAAAAUAAAGUUCUGAUGCUAAAAAAAUGCAUCGUUUAUACAAUUAUAAUUACAUACUAUUAUUCUGCUUACGAGGAAUUACAGUUGUAACGUCAAAAAAUGUACAUUAGUUACUGUAUGUGGAAAAAAAAAAUACUCAUGCACACGUCACGCAAAGGCGCAGGUAGGAGGUAGGAGGAGCUGGCCAAGGUGCACUGACAGCGGAGAGGAAGCGUUGUCUUUUCCUUCAUUUAUUUCCUGAAAAAAAAUCAAGAUGUCGCUUAGCCGGGAAAGCGUUGUGUCAGUGCUUCUGUCCGAGGGGGGCCGUGUGAGCAAAGCCAAGCUACUGGCAAGAUUUCAAGGAAUGCUUGAGUGUGGGGACCGCGACGAGAAGGCUCGCAAGAGGGAACUCUUCAAGAGUCUCGUCAACAGCGUCGCCUACGUCAGGCGCGGCGACGACGGCCUCCCGUACGUGCUGCUCAAGAAGGCCUACCGCACAGGGACACCGCAGGAGGAGGAACAGCCUGAGAACGCGAGUUGUGCUGGACGGGAAAAGAGAGAGAGCUUACAGACGUGUGAACAGAGUCCAUCUGAGAGUCCAAGCUGUUUUGGACAAGAGCAACCGGAGACUGUUGUGAACCCAAAGAGACAUUCUGGACAGGAACUGCUUCUGCAGACAGGUGAACAUGAGCAGGGUCGACUUGAGCCCGUGGUUAACACAAAAAUACUUUUUGGACAGGUGUUAUGUCUACAGACAGGUGAGCAUGAACAGGAUCCAGCUGUGACUAUUGUGAACACAAAGAUACGUGCUGGACAGGAACAGAUUUGUGAGCCGCAGCACUGUAUACCUGAGACUGUUGGGAACUCAAAGAGACAUGCUGGACAGGAACAGGAAGGGGAGCAGAAGAAGCAGGGCUCAAAGAGUUGUGCUGGACAGGAAGAGGAAGAAGAAGAGAGCUUGAACAAGACUGGAAUAUACUUAAGGACCCGUGCUGAACUGGAACAGGAAUACCAUCUUCACACAGGUGAUCUGGAGCAGAGAGAUGAACAUAAGGAGCAGGACUCCACGAGUUGUGCCGGAGAGGAAGAAGUGAGCCUGGUGACAGGUGACCUGGGGAAGGGUCCACCUGAGACUGUGGGGGUCUCACAGAGCCGAGCCGAACAGGAACCCGCAGAACAUCUCUCUCCCUUGGAACAAGCCUUGCAGAGGAGCAUAUGUUCCAAUAUGAGAAUCAAGCCGACACUGAAUGUGGAGGUGACUCCCAAACCGUAUGCUUUGCCCUUGAGGAUGCCCCCCACGAAUCGGAUUGAGGUCCCCAAACUGCAUGUGGACCCGGAUGAGCCCCCCAAAGCAGAUCUCUUUCGAAACAAGGUGAAGACCUGUGGCGCCAAGGUGUCCGACGAGUCCAGAAUUCCCUCAGUGGUGCCUCUGGAGCCGUCCGAGCACGAAUGGUUGGUCAAGUGCGCAUCGGGCCAGUGGAGUCAGGUCUACGGACUCCUCUUGAGGGACCGCCAGCUGGCCGAGAAGCGGGACUUCAUGUCUGGGUUCACUGCCCUGCACUGGGCGGCCAAGUGUGGAAACAGCGACAUGCUAGUGAAGAUCCUGGACACGUCCCGAAAGGGCGGCGUGGGCGUGGACAUCAACGCCAGAACCCACGGCGGCUACACACCCUUACACUUGGCCGCCUUGCACCAGCAGGACUACGUGGUGGCCAUGCUGGUGGCUGAGUACGGCGCAGAUGUGACGGUCCGGGACAACAGUGGCAAAAGGGCAUACCACUACCUGCACCGGGACGCUGCGCACAGCGUCAGGGAGAUGCUCGGAGAACCCAAAUUCCAGCAUACUACUGAGAGGGUGUAUGAGGUUGAGCUCUUCCCAGAGCUGUCGAAGGGUCUGCAUUCCAUAAGUCGCCUUUUCCAGCCGCACUUGUCAGCCCAACGGCGGAAGCACAAGCAAAGGCCCGCCUUCUACUCACUUCGGGAUGAGCCCCAGGACCAAAGACACGGCGCCGCCUUCAGACAACGACUCGCUUCGGACGCUUUUGCAUAAUUAGCUCUAGCAGACAUGGAGAAAGUAAAUACAUGAAAUAUAGUACAGUGACAUUUUGGAAUUUCUGCACUGAGGCCAAAGCCAUUUCGGAUAUAAAAAUACUGCUUUGGUGCCAUCUUGUGACAUGUUUGUGCAAAGGAACUAUGUUGAACUGAAAUUCUGGGGGAAAGCUCAGACGCUGCAAACCCUAUUAUUCAACUAGUUUAUUGAAUAGAUAAAUUAUUUUGACAAAGUAAACAUUGAUAUGCAGCGGUGCAGCAAAAUAGUGAUACUGUCCAGCAAUGUGGUGCUACCAAGUACAGUGCAAAUGUUGGAGUAGAUGUUGUCAACUAACACAACCAAUCAUCAUUUCUUUAUUCUCCUUAAACCAGGAACUGGUCAGCCAACACUUUUCUUUUUUGUACUUUAGUGACUGCAAAGGAGAUUCUGAGGUCAUUCGCAUGGUUCUCCACAAGGUGUUUUAUAAUUACUCACUUUCCUGAAUGGGGAUUGUUCUGCUAAUACAAUGUUGCCUAGGUUUCUUUGUUUUAUAUUUUUAUUAAAGGGUUGUUGGGAUUGAUGGCCCAUGAUCAACAUUUAAUCAUAUCAUUUCCAAAUUUUA